AAGUCCAACUUGGCCACCAACCAUCACCGGGCACCGGCCCGGGUACGGGUAGCCAGCCUCCCCCGGUUCCCCGCACCGCCGUUCCGGCCCCUCGCAAACGCAAGUACUAGCAAGUAAAGAACAGCCAAACGCACGCGCUCCCACGACCUUCCUCCCACUUUCCCCUCCUCUCUCCCGGUCUCCCCCCGGUCCUCCUCCUACCGCCGAUGCCGCCGGCAUCGUGCCCUAGCCCGCCGACCUGACGCCAUGCCGCCCUACCACCGCCGGAUCCUCUUCUCCGACGACCCCAACCAUGGGGACUGCAACGGCUGGGGCAGGUACCGCUGCUACUCGCCUCCCUCCCCUCCGACCACUUCUCCUUCGCCCUCGCCUGCCGAUGUGCCUAGCCCGUGGGCUUCUCCUAGCCCGGGAUCUGCGGCGCCGGCGCCUUCUCCCUUCCGUCACCCGGCCGCGGGCAGGAGGGACCAGGGAGGGACCAGCGGGUACGGCGACGCCGCUGGGGCCGGCCACCACCGACAAUUCGUCAAUUACACCAUCAUCGCCGCCGCGGCGGUCGUAUUUCUCUCCCUGAUCCUCAUUGGCGUCUCGGUCGCCGUUCGUCGCCGUCAGCUGCGGCGGCGGCGGCGGCAGGCGCUCCUCGCCCCGGCGCCGGCCGUGGCGACCAACGUCGGGAACGACGACCCGGAGGCCGGCGGAGGCGGCGGCGGCGUGGUGCACCACGUCUGGUACAUCCGGACCGUCGGGCUCGACGAGGCGGCGAUCGACUCCAUCGCGGUGACGCGGUACCGCGCGGGGGCCGGGCUCCUGGGCGCCGCCGACUGCUCCGUGUGCCUCGGCGAGUUCCAGGACGGCGAGCUCGUGCGCCUGCUGCCCAAGUGCGCCCACGCGUUCCACGUCCCCUGCAUCGACACAUGGCUCCGCGCCCAUGUCAACUGCCCGCUCUGCCGCUCCGACGUUCUCGACCCCGCCGCGGCCGCGGCCACCGGAGUCGCCGUCCAGUCCAACUCUGAUCAAUCAACAGCUGAUCCAGAUGUGAACGCCAACGCCGCAGCCGAGCAAGUGGAUGCCGCGAGCGAUUCAACGCUGGAGCACGAAGAUGAGGAGUUGGAGAACGCGCCGCACUUGCAGGAAGACCAGCAGGAGCAGCAAUUCAGCACACCAGAGCCAGUGCCACAGCUCCCCUGCCCGCUGCCGUGGAAUGUGCGGCGCGCGGCUUCCAUGGACGCUGCGAUAGCGUCAACCGCGGCAGGCGUCGCUGCGCUGGACCGACUGUCAGAGGCGGACCCCCAAGGGGAGCAGAAUGGCAGGGAGAAGCAUCGAAGCGGUGCGACCGGCCAUCUGAGCAACCCCAGCACCGAGAGGCCCACGCCCAGCGGUGCCCCAAGGUCCUUCUUCUCGCGGCACUGCCGUGCUCGGAGCUCCGUGCUGCCCUUGUGACAGUGCCGAGAUCCUGAGCUGAAUUUUGCUCCUUCCUAAUAAUGUUACCCGAUCAAUCGCUCCAUGUGUGUAAUACUGCCUUGUUACUGGUAUUCUCAAACCUGGGGAUUAUGAGUUCAAACCCGAAAUGCAGUAAAGAAAAAUCUGCAAUCGGAAUAUACAUACUUGCAUCUUGCAUUCUGUACAUGCCUAUUCUUCCCUGCAAAUUGGAUUCAUUUCAUCAAGCUCAUCAGUCAAUCCCCACUAUCAUCUCACAGCUUUCUUUUAGCUCUUUAAAUGAAUUCUUUGUCUCAGCCUUUA